GUGCGAUCGCUUCCCAUUUCUUGCGCCGUAUAGGCCAUGUGCUUACAACGCUCGAAUGCGCCCGCGCCGAAUCAUGCUAGCCGCGUUUCAACCUCUAUCCACGUGGGCGGCGGGCCUCUGCUCCAUUGCCGUUCGCUAUCUCUAUCUUUCAAUCCGCGCCCCUUUUGGCUCCCGUUGUUUUGCGAUGCGAGGGUGGUACGCAGUGCGGUGCGGUGCGAUGCGCGCGUGCCAAAGUGCCACUCUGAUGUUCUGCUCCUGCGUCGAACAUGAACGAAGUUGCCUACAGUGGAUGAUGGGAAAAGCACGCCAUGAUCUCUUCGACCACCCCAGCACACCGCAUAGCUGCCCCUCUAUCGCUGCCGGGGUGUUUUGUACUAUUCGCAAAGCGUGAUAAGCGGUGAAUCAUGUGACAACACAGUUUCUGGGGCCGUCAGGCGCAUCCAUAGCAAUUCGCCAUCCGGGCUGACAUAUUAAUAACUUUGACAUAUCGACAGAGAGUCGGUCGCCAGGUAUGUAUUGGGCGGUGGUCGCCCGCGUGCUGCAAUUUUUCCGGGAGUCUUCGACCAACUGUCCCUUUCUUGGCUAGUAGCGACCAUGCAUUCGU